AUGUCAACCGCAAACCAUACUGAGUUCACAGAGCGAAAAUUGAAAGAUUCGUGCACAGAAGAUUUAACAGGGGAUUUACGUUGGCACCUAACUUUUCUAUCGGUUGUGAACAUUUUCCUCGCCAUUACAGCCAUUCUUGGGAACACGCUGAUUCUUGUUGCUCUACAUCACGAGUCUUCCCUUCAUCCGCCAUCCAAACUCUUGCUUCGUUGUCUGGCUACAACUGAUCUGUCCGUUGGUCUUAUCUCCCAGCCACUCUCUGUUGCUUUUUGGAUCUCAAUUGUGGUCAGAAACUGGACUUUUUGCCGAUUAUUCAGUAUUCUGACUUUUAUGGCUAGUUACUUAUUGGGUUCCGUUUCUUUGUUGACGCUGACAGUAAUUAGCGUGGAAAGGCUUCUCGCCCUAAUGCUUGGGUUGCGAUACAGACAAGUUGUAACGUGUAGGCGAAUUUCCGUGACUCUGGCUUUUAUCUUGAUAGUAUCUACAGUGGCUGCAAUGAUCUCACGAUGGAAUGCCCUUAUCACAACAUGGUAUGGCUACAUUGGUAUAUCACUGAGUUUAACGACCUCAACUUUUUCCUACUCAAUGAUUUUCUGGAGGCUCCGCCAACACCAAACUCGACUACAUGUACAGACAAAUCAGAUGAGUACACUUGAUAUUGCCCGAUACAAAAAGGCUGUCUCGAGUGCAUUGUGGCUGCAGUUGGCAUUAAUAGCUUGCUAUCUGCCAUUUCAAAUUACAGAUAUUAUUUAUGAUCCGAACAAUGUUACACCAUCAGUCUUUCUCGCUGCUCAGCACACGUUUAUUUUAGUUUACCUAAAUUCAACAUUAAAUCCCAUUCUUUACUGCUGGAAGAUUGGAGAAGUAAGAGAAGCUGUGAACGACAUAUUAAGGAAAUGGUUUUGUUCAUCAUAG